ACAAGUGGGCAGAAAAGAAGAAUGUAUGGGAAGGACUAAGUGAGGGAGAUGAACAUUAUCCAGGGAGAGUUGUAUGGAGGCUCAUUAGCCCAGACCAGCCAAGCCUAUCCCUGAGGGAGAAGCACUCAGUCAGGGUAGCCCGUCGAGGAUUACCUCCUGUUCAUGCCUGGCCUAUUUGGGUGUUAUACACCGGAGGAAAAAUAGGACAGGGAGGACGACUGGGUUGCAGUGUGUUGAUUUGAGGUACCGUGUCUGAGCCAGGACGAUAAGAGCCAGGACAUGUGCCUCCCACGCAAGAAAAUGUCGAAGUCUUUGAAGAAAAUCGUGGAGGAGAGUCGGGAGAAGAAUAUUCCCGAGGUGGAUAUGUGCGAUAGGGGUAUAUCAAACCUGUUGGAAAUUCCAGGGCUGUUCACACUGUCCAACAUUACCCAGCUGGUUCUGAGUCACAACAAGCUUACAACCAUUCCAGCAAACGUGGCUGACUUGAAGAACCUGGAGGUUCUCAAUGUGUUUAACAACCAGAUAGAAGAGCUGCCCACUCAGAUCAGCAGCCUGCAGAAGCUCAAACACCUCAACCUUGGUAUGAACAGGAUGAGUUCUCUGCCUCGAGGCUUUGGAUCCCUGCCUGCUCUGGAGGUGUUGGACCUGACCUACAACAAUCUGAACGAGUCUUCCCUCCCUGGGAAUUUCUUCUACCUCACGACCCUGCGUGCGCUCUAUCUCAGUGACAACGACUUUGAGAUUCUUCCUCCUGACAUCGGCAAGCUAGGCAAGCUGCAGAUACUGAGCCUGAGGGACAAUGACCUGAUAUCGCUGCCUAAAGAGAUUGGAGACCUGACCCAGCUCAAAGAGCUCCACAUCCAGGGCAACCGGCUCACCGUACUGCCUCCAGAACUGGGUAACCUGGACCUGACUGGUCCUAAGCAGGUGUUCAAGGCGGAGAAUAAUCCCUGGGUGACCCCCAUAGCGGACCAGUUCCAGCUGGGAGUCUCCCAUGUGUUUGAAUAUGUCCGCUCCGAGACCUACAAGUAUCUAUAUGGCCGACACAUGCAGGCCAACCCCGAGCCACCGAAGAAGAACAACGACAAGACCAAGAAGAUCAGCCGCAAGCCCUUGGCUGCCAAAAACAAAUGAGGAAGUGGAGGAAUGAGAAGAUGACCACCUGUUUGUCUGCGCUGGACCUCACUGCAUGUGCCUUGGCCCCUUUUUCUAUUUAUCAGAGGAACACAGACAUCCAUUUUGUAUUACUGUACUGCGUGAAUGACGUUCCACUAGUGUGUGACUUGUGCUGUCGGCUUCCUCCUCAGUCAACUACCCCAGUUAAACGAUCUAGCAGUAUUCGGUAAAACCUCUAACACGUCAAACCAAUUCAUGAAACGUUUCACGUUUUUGACAGCGGGGGUUUGAACCCUCAGCGUUGUUGUCACUUCAUGUGUGAUGGAGUGAAAUCGUUUUCCAAAUCAUAUCCGCAGUGGUCAGAUCUUUUCGUUCAUGUACUUCGUCCUGACGGGGGCCGAUGCUAAUUUCUGUAUUUAGCUUUAUGCCAUUAGUAUUUAUAUUACAACACAAAGCACCCUAUAGACGGGCCGCAUUAGUUUCACCCCACAUUUGAUUUGAUCCGGCUUACCAAAGAGGGGGGGGGGGGGGGGGUAAAAGGGAGGAGGUGAGGGGAGUAUGGGCCAAAUGAAAAGGGCUCUGUACGACCCCUCCAUCACUCUCUGGCGACUGCUUGUCUCUGCUGUGGUGAGGCGGGUUGAAUAAAGGCAAGCGCUGCAGCCCAAGGGGAGAGAGGGAUUUUAGAUGGCUUUAAAGGGUCUUAACUGUGUCUGUUGUAUCCGGCCCUGGAGGGGAUGAGACGGCCGUAAAGUCACUGUCUGUUACCUUCUCUGUGUCUCGCCUUCUUCACAGCCUUGUUUUCUAACGUACAGAUAUGUAUCUCCGCGGUCUCCCGAGGUCAAUUGUGCUAUCCGGGCUACGGCGGCCAGCAGUGCCCAAAACACCCCCGGAGCCCAUUUAAUAAAGGGUAACAUGUAGCUCGUCACAAUGGGAUGGCCAUGUUACAGCAAUAUCUGUGGUACGGGACGCAAGCCGAAACAAUGUGCUGUCUUACACAUGCAGUCCUCUGUAGUCAUGGCGAGGAUCUCAAUCCCACACUACACUGUAGCACUUCUCAAUGAUCUGGAGACCCAGGUGUAUUUCAAAAAUGUUGGCUGUUCCAUUUUCUUCUGUGACAUUAAAAUACAUGUGCAACUAUCUGGGACAAGCCAUAGACUAUCCAUUGAUAGCCUGAAUCUUUACUGAAAGGUGUUAUUUUUAAACAUACCACAGAGCCCUGUUGCUACCGACUGUCCGUAACAUUAUCAGCUUAAUAAUGUCAGUGAAAAUAAUGCUUUUGAUCUGGAUCUUAUCAAGCCAGGUGCUACAAUAUACUGUAUGUGUUCUGUUUUUGAAUAUAUUUUAAAUAAAGCAAAACCUUUUGUUUGAAAUUC